UCCCAAACAGGAAAUUAAAAAGUUACCCAAUUUUGAUAAAAAAAAAAAAAUUUUAAUUCAACAUUCCCACAUUUGCCUGCCUCGUACAGCUUAGUUUCAGAAACCGUCUCCUUCUUAGUGCUUUCUGCUUAUCCAUUUCUGCGUAUCCUUAGAACACCAAUAACAGGAAAUGGUUCAAGAAAAGCCCAGAGAUGUCUUCUUAUUCCGGUAAAGUUAAGAUUUUUAUUCACAUUCGUACAUAGUUUUCCCAUGAAACAGACAGCCCAAUUUGUUGUUUAGUUUCAAGAUCAUAUCUUCAGCACAAAAACUCUAUAAUCUUCGGUGGAAAAGACAUGGAAAGUGAAGCAAACUAUAUGUGGAGUCUGAGUAGUCUAGCGGGUUCUUUUCUUGAUCUGGCGAUUGCAUUUUUCUGUCUGUGUGUAUCAGCAGCAGCUUUCUUUACAUUUAAAUUUCUGGGUUUUUGUGGGUUAGGCUUGCCAUAUCCCCCCUGUAAUUGGUUGUUUGGUAUUUCCCGAAAUGAUAUUCAGAAAUUGCAGAGGCUUCUGAGUGGUUUGGCCACUGAGAAAGUGUCAAAUGUUAAGCUAUCUGUCAAAGAGAGAUGCCAUUAUAAUGCCCAGAAUGUCCAUUUGAAUCUGAGGUUGAUUGGGGAAAGGGAUGAUGUUCUUAGCCAUAAUGGCCAUGGGUUUGUUGAAAUGGAAGUUGAGGCUCAAUCUAGCCCAGGUUCUGAUGGAGGGUUGCCAAGAAAUGCUGAUAGAAUGGAAUUUAUGCCCAUUGAUCAUUGCAGGUUGUUUUCGUCUUCUCGGUAUGAUCCUCAAUAUGUUGAAUUGCAGGAUGAUCAACAAUGUCAUUCUAGAAUCGACGACGAAAGGAAUGGAAUGAGUGAAGAUAGUGAAGAAGUUUUCAGUAAUGGAACUUAUCCUUGUUCUAAUGAUGCAGGAUUUGGGCCAAGAGACAGCUUUAAAUUGGACGAAAAUGUAUUUCCCGACGAUGAUGAUGAUGAUGAGCACUCUGAGAAUGAUUUAUUCAUCAGAGAAGAUCUUAAUGGCAAUGUUCAAGUGGAUGAGGUCUAUAAUGCCAAUGACAUGAGUGCGAUAAGAUUCUUGGAAAAAGCGCUCGAGGAAGAGAAAGCUGCUCGUGAUGCGCUUUGCCUCGAGCUUGAGAAGGAGAGGAAUGCAGCUGCAAGUGCUGCAGAUGAGGCAAUGGCGAUGAUUUCUCGCCUGCAGGGCGAGAAGGCGUCAAUUGAAAUGGAAGCUAAGCAAUAUAAGAGGAUAAUUGAGGAGAAAUCAGCUUAUGAAGCAGAUGAAAUGGAAGUUAUGAAAGAGAUCUUGGUGAGGAGGGAAACUGAGAAGCACUUUUUGGAAAGGGAAGUUGAAGCUUAUAGACAGAUGGUUUAUCUGGGAAAUCAACACUUUGCUGUUGAUAACGAAAAGCUGAAGAAUCUUGACCAUGGAGGCGAAAAGGUGCAGCUGAAGCUCUUGGAGGAUAUAGCGUGCCAGCUCCAAGAGAUUCGACAGCUUACACUCAAUGAAGAUUCUGCAGAUGGCUGAAAACAGUGUUUCAUGGAAGUCGAUGAUCGAUGCUUCAAAUUCGGGCAUGCUAGCUACCGGGAGGUGGAUUAUCUGGAGGCUGGGAU